AUGGGCAAGCACUGGCAGAACAGGCCAGCUGUCGCAUAUCCCAGAGGAGCCGACCAGCGACACUCCAUCAGCCCAGACCCCAUGGAUGAGCAGAUGACUGAGGAAGAAGAAGAGGAGGAGGAAAAGGGACAGAGAGAUACCCAGUCAGAAGAAGAAGAUAAGUUCAAAUUAACCAAGAUCCAGAUGGCAUGUUUGGAUUUUUGCAUUGAGCUGCUGAACCAGCGGGUUCAGGUGGAGGAUUAUGAGUGCGCGCUGGUAGACACGUUGGCGGUGCUGGGACGGGGGGAGUAUGGAUGGCGCGACGCCGAGAGCUACCCACCAAUGUUGUCACGGAUCAUCAAGGUGGCACGGUUCAUGGUGGUGCACAAGGCGCUGCGACUGGACGCCAAUGCAUCCGACAUGCUGGCCAGGAACCAAGCAAGCCAGAUGGUGGGAGAGUGGGCCGUGGUGAACGCCAUGAAGGAGGCGGAUUACACGUUCACAGGCAAUCAGAAUGAAGGACAGACAUUCCACAAACAGAAUGUCCAUCAAGGCCGGUUCAUCAUCACACAUCAGCAGCGAGGGCAGAGGGCAUUGAUGGAUGAGGAGGUUUUAGUGGAAGAGGCGCAGAGGUGGAAGGAUCAGUGUGUGAUAUGUGCAAAUGGCAAGCGGGAGUUUGACCAUGAGCUGUACCAGUGUCCCCACGAGGAGAGCCAGGAGGCAAAGAGAUGGAUGAUGACAGUGCGGAGCAAGAUCAAAUACACACAGUAUUCCGGGUGCUUCCGAUGCGGGAUGCCGCAGUCCAUAUGCAACAGCUGGAAGACACAGAGGCAGUGUCCGUACAGGGGAUUUUUGAUCCCGACAGUGGCAAUGAUGAUGUAUGGGUGUCAUGCAGGGCAGAUGAAGCAGGCGUGGAGACAGCGGCUGAGAGAGUUCAAUGUGGAUGCAGAUGAUCAGGAGGCGGUGAUUGAAUUUUUGGGACAGAAGGUUGAGGGGCAGGGCAUGGAGCACAACCGGCUGGUGGAGAUGGUUUGUUGGCUGCGAGGGAUAUAUCAGGAGGCAGAGAGGGGGAAGAUCGAGUCAGAGGGUACAGAGGUCAAGUGA